AUGAAGGCCUCCGUCUACCUCGCGUCCCUGCUGGCGACGCUGUCGCUGGCGGCGCCGGUCAAGGAGCUGCAGCAGCGGGCGGAGCCGACGGACCUGCCUCGCCUGAUUGUGUACUUCCAGACGACGCACGACAGCAGCGGGCAGCCCAUCUCGAUGCUGCCGCUCAUCACGGAGAAGGGCAUCGCGCUGACGCACCUGAUUGUGUGCUCGCUGCACAUCAACCAGGGCGGCGAGGUGCACCUCAACGACUACCCGCCGGACGACCCGCACUUCUACACGCUCUGGAACGAGACCAUCAGCAUGAAGCAGGCGGGCGUGACGGUCAUGGGCAUGGUGGGCGGCGCGGCGCCGGGGUCCUUCAACUCGCAGACGCUGGACUCGACCGACGACGCCACGUUUGAGCACUACUACGGGCAGCUGCACGACGUGAUUGUCAACUUCCAGCUGCAGGGCAUGGACCUGGACGUCGAGCAGCCGAUGAGCCAGGCGGGCAUCGCGCGGCUCGUCGCGCGGCUGAGGGCCGACUUUGGGCCCGACUUCCUCAUCACGCUGGCGCCCGUCGCGUCGGCGCUCGAGAACAGCGGCAACCUGUCGGGCUUCGACUACAACACGCUGCAGCAGGCGCAGGGGGCCGACAUCGACUGGUACAACACGCAGUUCUACAGCGGCUUCGGCAGCAUGGCGGACACGGGCGACUACGACCGCAUCGUGGCCAACGGCUUCUCGCCCGCGACGGUGGUGGCGGGCCAGCUGACGGCGCCGGACGGCGCGGGGUGGAUCCCGACGAGCAACCUCAACACGACCAUCAUCUCGCUGGUGCAGGAGUACGGGCAGAUUGGCGGCGUCAUGGGCUGGGAGUACUUCAACAGCCUGCCGGGGGGCACGGCGGAGCCGUGGGAGUGGGCGCAGAUUGUGACGGAGAUCUUGCGGCCGGGGUUGGUGCCGGAGCUGAAGAUUACGGACGAGGACGCGGCGAGGCUGUCGGAUGCGUAUGAGGAGAGUGUCAAGGCGGGCAAUGGUGGUGCUGGUGCUGCGGACAAGAGCUUUGUGAAGAAGCCUGCGGUGAACUACUAUGCCAUGGUGAAUGCUUAG